ACGACACGUAGUGCACUAGAUAGGGUGCAAGGAAAUAGUUGCCGUAGAAACGACAUUUCCGCUCGCGCUGUUAAAGCGUCUCGUUGCAUGGAAACAGCCUAACUGAAAGCCACUAAGCCGAGAGACAUGGGCGGCUGUUUUAUUUACACUUUUUUUACAAACGAUAUCAUUACGAUUCUGAGAUUUACUUAGUCUCAGAGUUGUAUAUCUAGGUGUUCACACUCCCUGGGCUUCUUAACUGGUUAUCUAAUCCUGAACCACAAUAUGGCGGGUGAUAUGAAGCGCAUUCCUGAGCUGGAGCAGGAGAAAUAUGACUCUGAUGAGCAGGUGAAGAUUAUCUGCCUUGGGGACAGUGCAGUGGGGAAAUCCAAGUUAAUGGAAAGAUUUCUGAUGGAUGGAUAUCGCCCUCAGCAGCUGUCCACCUAUGCACUGACAUUAUACAAAUACAGCACCACUAUCAAUGGCAAGUCUGUGUUGGUUGAUUUCUGGGACACCGCUGGUCAAGAGCGCUUCCAGAGCAUGCACCCGUCAUACUACCACAAAGCACAUGCUUGUAUCAUGGUCUUUGAUGUCCAGAGGAAAGUAACAUACAAGAAUCUAUCCAACUGGUAUAAAGAGCUGAGAGAAUACAGACCUGAAAUUCCCUGUCUGGUGGUGGCUAAUAAAAUAGAUGCUGACAUGCGAAUGACACAGAAGAGCUUUAACUUUGCCAAGAAGCAGGGACUACCUUUCUACUUCGUAUCUGCUGCUGAUGGAACUAACGUAGUCAAGGUUUUUAAAGAUGCUAUAAACAUGGCUUUGUCUUACAAGAAGAACUCCAGCGACUUUAUGGACGUGGUCAUGAGAGAACUGGAGAACUUUGAUUUGGAGGGAAAAGAGGAUUCAGCUGAUGAAGACGAAGAAGAAGGAAAAGCGGACUGACGAUGCCGGCGUGCGGUGGGAGCCGGACGGUUUGUUUUGUGAUUAGAGUGCUGUUAAAAUCACGGCUGCUCAUCCCAGCUGUCCUGAAGAGUUUACCAGCUGUACGUAACAAAAAUGAAACCAGUCAGGACAAAGCUCUACCUCAUGUGUUCGAUCCAUCUCUGUGACCUGCUACAUGGAAUACUGAAUGCAUAGACUGUGCGCAUAAUACAAUUUUGUGUGGCUUUAGGUCUUAGAAACAUACUACAUAUACAAGUACAGUGUAGGUGUUAUACUGUAGGUACAGCGAUGUGUGGGUUUUUCACAGAUGUUUCAUAUUCUGGACACAGUUGUUCAGGAAGGCGAGUUGGCAGCCUUGGUGUAAUUUCACACCGUGUGUGUGUUAAUAUGUAGUAGUGAGGAGAGACCCUGCUAUUUGAUAUGGUUUUUUUUUCGCAGUGGAAAACCUUGAUAACACUAUUGACAUUUUGCAUCAUUUUAGUAGUAUUUAUAUCGUGUAAAUGUAUGUUAAAUGUACUUGAAUCACAUUUUACAUUUUUUUCCAAGGGGUAUGUGAUGAUUCAGAUCCAGCAUCGGAAGGAUGUAUAAAUAGCUCAACAUUUUGUACAAACUGUGAAAAAUGUGUGAAAAUCACAGACAUUGUCUUCUGGCUGAUGUGACAUUGAAGUAAAAAGGAAAAAAAUAUAUAUUUAUGUACCAUGUUUAUGUGUAAAUGGAAUUGGAAAUGCAUUCAUAUUGUGGCAGCAUAUUAACACAUCAUUCGGUGUUCAUUUAAGAGCAUCCUGAUUUGUGCUGCAAUUAAACACUGUUGCUUUUAUUUA